GGCGCGUCCCCGCCCGCCCGGGAGGCCGCCGCCGCCGCCGCCGCCGCCGCCGCGCGAUCAUGGCGGCUGAGAUCCACUCCAGGCCGCAGAGCAGCCGCCCGGUGCUGCUGAGCAAGAUCGAGGGGCACCAGGACGCCGUCACGGCCGCGCUGCUCAUCCCCAAGGAGGACGGCGUGAUCACCGCCAGCGAGGACAGAACCAUCCGAGUAUGGUUGAAAAGAGACAGCGGUCAGUACUGGCCCAGCAUUUACCACACAAUGGCCUCUCCUUGCUCUGCUAUGGCUUACCAUCAUGAUAGCAGACGGAUAUUUGUGGGCCAGGAUAACGGAGCCGUAAUGGAAUUUCACGUUUCUGAAGAUUUUAAUAAAAUGAACUUUAUCAAGACCUACCCAGCUCAUCAGAACCGGGUGUCUGCGAUCAUCUUCAGCUUGGCUGCAGAGUGGGUGAUCAGCACCGGCCACGACAAGUGUGUCAGCUGGAUGUGUACCCAGAGCGGGAACAUGCUUGGGAGACACUUCUUCACUUCCUGGGCUUCGUGUUUACAAUACGAUUUUGAUACUCAGUAUGCUUUUGUUGGUGAUUAUUCUGGACAGAUCACCCUGCUGAAACUUGAACAGAACACCUGUUCAGUCAUUACAACCCUCAAAGGACAUGAAGGUAGUGUCGCCUGCCUGUGGUGGGACCCUGUUCAACGGUUACUCUUCUCGGGAGCCUCCGACAACAGCAUCAUCAUGUGGGACAUUGGAGGAAGGAAAGGCCGCACGCUGUUGCUGCAGGGCCAUCAUGACAGGGUGCAGUCGCUGUGUUACCUUCAGCUCACGAGGCAGCUUGUCUCCUGUUCCUCGGAUGGUGGAAUUGCAGUGUGGAACAUGGACGUUAGCAGAGAGGAGGCUCCUCAGUGGUUGGAAAGUGAUUCUUGUCAGAAAUGUGAGCAGCCCUUUUUCUGGAAUAUAAAGCAGAUGUGGGACACAAAGACACUGGGGUUGAGACAGCAUCACUGCAGGAAGUGUGGGCAGGCUGUCUGUGGGAAGUGCAGCAGCAAGCGUUCAAGCUACCCUGUCAUGGGCUUCGAGUUCCAAGUCCGGGUGUGCGAUUCCUGUUACGACUCCAUCAAAGACGAGGAUCGGACUUCUCUGGCAACCUUUCAUGAAGGAAAACACAACAUUUCCCACAUGUCCAUGGACGUUGCUAGGGGACUGAUGGUGACGUGUGGGACCGACCGCAUCGUGAAGAUAUGGGACAUGACGCCUGUGGUGGGCUGCAGUCUGGCAACAGGGUUUUCUCCACGUUGAUCGGGAGCUGGGCGAGGUCUGUGUCACUACCAAGGCAGCCUUCCCCAAAUGCAGCCCUUCCCCGUAGCUCCAAGGUCACUGUCACAUGAAUGGACAGCAGCCACUAAAAAGCAAAUCAACAUUUUUAAAAGAAAAAAACGUGAAGGUGUGUUUGAGGGCAUUUGUGGAACUACCUGUGGGGACUAACUUGGACAAGGUCCACCUGUGCUGGUUCCCAGAAGAUGGGACUUUCUUCUGCAGAACUUCUUCAUGAGCAGGGACCUAAUAAUGUGAGCUGAAUGAUUUAACAAAUGAGUGGUUUAGAGGAACAAAAAGUUAACAUGUAGAACUUUCUUAAAGCAGCUCCAGGGACAAACACACUUUCCUCAGACAUGCUGGCUGUCCGAGGGCUCUUGUGGCUCCCUGGGGUGAAGCAGGACUUAGGGGAAGGAGGACCUGGCCUCCCUUCCUGGAGGGGCGCAGCCUGCACCAAAGACCCCCAGAGAUCCCUCCUUACUUGCUGGCAGUAUGUGAACGUUGUCUGCCCUUUGUUGUUGACAAGCCACUUAAAGACACCGGUCCUCCUCAGGUAGUGCCAUUUCUGAUCUGCACUUAGUAGUUGCCUCACUUCAGUGGCAUCCCCUCCCAGCCAGUUGCCACGGGGAAGCCUUCACAGUUGUUGCGAAGUGAGUCCUAAAGUUUCUGUACUAGCCAGGCAGCCCAGUCCGCACGCCUCCCUUUCCCCGAAUGCGCUCUGAGGACGGAACGUUUCUUUAUGGUGCUGUUAACAUGGGAGUCGCGCGAGCCGCCCGACUUUUUCUCAUUGCAGUUAGUAACGACCAACAGAAAACCCAGCUCCCAGCAUGACUGUGACGGGAUGUGAGCAGUCUGUUCCAUGCAGCAGCCCGGUUCUCCAGAAAGACACCUUCUCUUCGUAGUUCCAAGAUGAGACCCUGUAAUAUUGUGGCAAUUUAAUAACAUACACCUCAGAGAAGAACUCCAAAGCUUUUAAAACUCUGUUGACUUGUAGUUGUACCUAAUAUUUUUAAUAUUUCAUAGAAGGGAAUUGGUAACCCAGAGCAGUAAUUGUUAACCAGGUCCUGCACAAUAAUUCCUAACUGGUAACACUGCUUUCAUAAUAGCCAGCGAAAUCUGUUUUAUCAAAUGGCAUUUGAAAAGUUUUUGGCCACUUAGUAUUAGGAUGGGGAAGAAGUAGGGAAUAGGGAGCCUGUCUUUUAUUAUUCAAAUAUUUAUUUGUUUGAUUGUUUUUAACAAUAAUACAUGUGUCUAUUACUUUAGAACCAUGGAAGUGAGUGGAGAGAGUGCUACUUCUUUGAAGGACAAAUUUAAAGAUAGCAACAAUAUUUUUGUUAGUCUUAACUAAUGGACAUUGAUAAGAACUCACUUCUGGGUCACUGUGUUGGGAUCAUAUCAAAACAACACAGUUCUUUCUGUAUGAUACACCUAAGAGACUAAAUCUGUUUUUAACAACAGCUGUGAGGGACUGUAGCACACAAGACAGGCAAUUAAACGAAGACGUCUUAAUGGCCAAGUGACACAAAGAGUAAGGAAAGGAAAGGGGUCAAGCACAUCAUAUUCUAGAAUGAUCUGCAUUAAAAGGUGACUUGCCUUCAGAAAUAAGGGUAAAGGUUUGUGUUGCUCUUUACUAUUUCUGUGUCACAUCCAUCACCUGAAAAAGAUGUGUCCUUUAAAAAUUUUUCAUAGGCUCUUUGCAAAAUAGUACUAACAUGGUCUGGAAGAAAAAUUUAGUGAUGAUAAUUUCUAAACGGCAGUGUUGAAUGUAGCUUUAGUUGAGUUAAUGGUUCAGCUCAUACACAGGUGCUAUCCUGGGGAUUUGAUGAAGUCCUGAAAGCAAAAUAGAAUAUGAUCCAUUUGUUGCCAUGCUGAAGAGUGCACUGUGAUUUUGUUUUCCUUUAACUUCUGUAAAAUGUGAUUUUAUAAUGUCUGUGAUAGACUAAGCAGAAUAUCAUGGCUACCAAGAAUACACCAUAGCUUUCACAGAUUUUCUUAUUUAAAAAAAUUCUUAAGGCAAAACCUGAUGUUCCAUAGAGAAUAUAAGGUUGGUAUAGCACCUCCUAAGUGGUUGAGCUAAAAUAACUCAAGGAACAAAGGUUUGUUUAAGGAAGAAUUAGAGUGGGGUAUCCAAAAAAGGAAAGGAGAAUGUUUCCAUAUAGUUUUCUCUCUACCAGAGCCUAUUAUCAUUCUUCUUUAUAAAAACACACAUAGCAGGUUUAUAUUGUCUUUAUCAUAUACUAGGGAGCAAAUGGGGUAAUAUUUUUUAUAGACGUGGGCAAGAAUUAUUUUCUCAAUUUUACUGACGAAGCACAUAAGAAAAGUACAGCUAGACUUCUAGUUUUUGCCUUAUUUUGACUCGUUACUCUUAAAUGGGUCAUUUAAAAUAGUUCUUCAAAUAACAGUUUACUGGUUUUUCCAUUCCUGAAUACUCGUGCAGAUUUGUAUAAAUAGGGAAUAGGAAGUACAGAAUGUUAGAGAAGAUCCUUAUGUUUAGAUCUAGUAUGUAUGUGACGAGGAAAUGCCAAUUCUUCAUUUUAAAAUUACCCUUUAUUAGUGCAAGUGAUAGAAAGACUUCCCACAGCAUUAGAUGGAAACGGAUUAUUUGUUACAUUGUGAAUCUCUGUUUACUAUGUGCUGGUUUUGUCCUGAUGCCUAGAGGGUGUAAACAAAAAAUAUUUCUGUAGAAUGUGUCAUUUUGUUAACCCCUAAAGAAUGCAGUUUGUUUGUACCUACACUUUUAAACUGUAGAAACGGGCCUCUGUAUGUAAUAAAUACCACGGGGACUUAAGCCCAAGGAGAUAUUUUCUAAAAUCGGUUUUCAUUAAAUUACUUUCUACUUCCGUUUUUGGAUUUGGCAUCUCCUAAAAUGUAAGAAACCAGUUACUAUUCAUGAUGACCAUUUGCUCUUUCUAAAUGUGAGGUUUAACAAAUAAGCAAUACAUGCUAUAUUCAUUCAAGUGUCUGUUGCUUAAUUGUUAAUUGUGCACAGAUUAUUGAACACUUACUCUGUUUUCUGCAGUUUACUAUACAGUAACUCUUUGAGUAAGUUGAAGUUUAAUUGUGCAUCAAAUUUAUAUUAGAAUACAAUUUAAAGUGUCUUUCUUUAUAGCCGUUUUUGACUAGGGAAACAAAGGGCAAUGUUGAUUAGUACAUUUUGUCUUGUACUAGCUAUGUUUCUGUAAGAUACGGUGCCCUGCUUAUCCCAGAGAGCUAGAAAACUUUGUUCUUUGCCCCUGUUUAUGGAUUCUGUUUUUGUGUUUUUUUUUCUUUUUGAAUAUGCAUACAAUAAAAUGUUUCUUGCUUGUUA